CUCCGAGCCGCCUCCGCGCGGGCGGCCGUGUCCUGGAGACGGGAAGCAGCCGGCGGCCUGCCAUGGAGGGAGCGCGCGGGUCUCCUCGGCGCCCGGACCCAGAUUAGCGGGCGGCGGCCACGGCGCGGGGCCUCCCAGCGGCCUGAUGGACGAGGGCAAGGUAGGUGGUGGCAAAGUGAAGAAACCAGGUAAACGGGGCCGUAAACCAGCUAAAAUAGAUUUGAAAGCCAAACUCGAGAGAAGCCGGCAGAGCGCGAGGGAAUGCAGAGCGAGGAAGAAACUGAGGUACCAGUAUCUGGAAGAGCUGGUUUCAAGCCGAGAAAGAGCCAUCUGUGCUCUUAGAGAAGAACUGGAAAUGUACAAGCAGUGGUGCAUGGCAAUGGAUCAAGGGAAAAUCCCCUCUGAAAUUAAAGCCCUCCUGAGCGGAGAAGAGCAAAGUAAACCUCAGCAGAAUGUGGGCAAGAUGGCCAAAGCCGUAAAGGGGGACGCCAAUAGCCGUGGUUCUUGGUGAAGGUCAGUCCAAGCAGACUGAAGCCCAUAUUUAAAAAACAAGCUGAUUUUUUUUAAAAAACAGUAAUCUGUGGAUUUAAUGCAAAGGCGCCCAUCCUUGGUUGUUUUGCCCAUCGCGGAUUUGGCUGUUCUGCAGUUGGAGUUUGAGCUGACUUUCAAAAUGAACCUAACAGCAAGAGGGCAGAAGUAAAUCUUUUUAAUCCACUUUGGUUUAAGAAGCCAAUAUGUGUGGUGUGUGUGCAGGAAUAUCUGCUGAAGCAGAGAAAGAAAGGCCCAGGGUGAUACCAACCCCGAGUCUGUUCCAAAAUGUAACAGAAACUCUGGGGCUGAUUUUGUGGGUAGAAGUGGCUGAGAAAAAGGAGCAGAGCUUCGUUCCUGAGGCUAGGGCCUCCAAACUCUCCUCAGUUGUGUCAAGGUCUAUAAUUGUGCUUCUGAUUUUGUUUUCAUUACUCAUGUAGCAUUUAUUUAAGGAAAAUACUAUGCAGUAAAGAAAUAGAGUUUUAUUAUUCAAGAGGUAGCCUGUUCUGCAUUGGAUAUAUAUAGUGCAGUGUUCUUCAAACUUGGACUUCAAAUGAUACUUGGACCUCAAAUCCCAGAAUUCCCCAACCAGCAUGGCCUUUGAUGAGAAUUCUGGGAGUUGAAGUACAUGGAUCUUAAAGUUGCCAAGUUUGAAAAACACUGAUCUACUGCAUGCGGAUAUAUCCCACUGUGGAUGGCCAAUAUGUCCUCGCCUUCCCCUUUCUCUUCCGUGGUUUCUGAGCUAGUGGGGUUUAGAUCUAGUUGUGAAUUGUGAAAUCCUUGAGUCCUGUGUCUCAGCCUCAAGUUGUGAAUGCUGAAAUCCUUCAGAUGACAGGAUGUUCUUGCCUUAAGCAAAGGGGCUCUGCCCGCCGCUUGGGGGGAAGACACCGGUCCAGCUUACUAGGAUGGGCGAGGCUGCGCCUGUGAGACGCUUUGGUGAGACGGCCCCUCUUUUACAGCAGUUGCAUUCGCAGGCCACCCUGUUCACAGUCAAGCGUGUCGCUGUGACGCUGCUGCUCCUUCCUCAGCGCAGGCUAGCUCGCUGUGGGUGGAGUGGGCUAUUUGAAUUCGUUUCUUCUUUCACUGCUCAGUUCAAGGCUUCAUCAGUAGGUGAACAGGUCAUUUGAGCAGCAGUGAAAUCACUCUUCAGCAGCAAAGCGUUGUGGUCAGUUUCUGUUUCCUAAGCUUGUGUCUUUGCUUAGAGCUGCUUGUUAAUAGGAGUGACGUGUCAAGAGUACUGUAGUCUUUUUUCUUUUUGCUCAGUGCAGUCGUGGAGCAGUUUGAUAGGGAAGAUGCCCCCACCUAUCUGGCUAGAGAGAGAGAGGAACAGAAGCAGCUUGCCCAUUUCCCUCGCCUUACCGUCCCUCUUGGUAACGGGGCAAGCGGUUUACGUCUGGCAUAAAAGGGUGGGAAGGGCCUGGGAGUUUGUGGAGAAGGGCUAGCAAGUGAACGGAGCCUUCAGGACUUCUCACGCCUCCGGUUCCAUGGGAUCGUUGUGCCUGUAGAAUUGUGUGUUGGAAAGGGGGAAAUAUUGGAAACUUGCAACCUAAUGCUGUGUGUGUUUUGCUGCGGGGGACAAAAUACUUAAAUUAUUGUGAGACCCAAGUGUGUCCUUUUGUAUUAAAGUGGAUGUAACAAA